AUGACCAAGCCCAGCACACUCGCAUCCACUCUCAUCAGCAACGCGCCCCUGCUCACGCGGCUGCAAGAAGCCUACCGCGAUGGAACGCCGCUAAUCGUCGUCACGGGACAGCCGGCGACGAGCGGGGUCGGAAGCGGGGCGUGCCAGGAAGCCGAUGUGAUCGGGACCAGUCGCCGCUGGACCAAGUCGAACGUGAUGGUCAAGGAUGUCAGCGAGCUCCCCCGGCGGAUCAACGCGGCCUUCAAGAUCGCCACCUCUGCCCGUCCAGGCCCUGUCUUGGUCCACCUCCCCAACGAUAUCACCCCCGCCAUCCUCCGCACCCCCAUCCCUCUCACAUUCACCCAACCGGACCUCAUCGAUCGGCUCCUGCCCUCCAACUACCUUAGACCUCGUCCUUGGCCAUCCCCUGCCGAAUCCACGCCAAAUUCCAAUUCAGCUCCAUCCGAAACACGCGAGCUACGCCAAGCAGCCGACAUGAUCGUCAACGCCAAACGCCCGCUUAUCUAUGCCGGUCAGGGCAUCUUAUCGUCCGAUGAGGGCCCAAAACUCCUCAGACAACUCGCCGAUCAGUGGAAUAUCCCCGUGACUACUACCCUCAUGGGAAGGGGCGCUUCCGAUGAGGAGGGCCUCGAAAGCUUACACAUGCUCGGUAUCCAUGACUCGGCCUAUCCUACCUUGGCCAUGCAGGACGCCGAUGUCUUGAUCGUUCUCGGAGCUCGGCUCGAUGAACGUGUGGCUGGAAAAGUGAAUACUUUUGCUCCUCGUGCCUUGGCCGCUGCCCAACAGGGCCGAGGAGGGAUCACUCACUUCGAGAUCCAACUCCAGGACAUCAACAAGGGAGUCCGAGCGACAUGUUCAGUCGAAGGGGAUGUGGUCCAGAGCUUGACGCAUCUGCUGAACAUCCUGCCGGCGCGGAUGAGCCCGCCAGAGCGAACGGAGUGGCGGGCGACGAUCCAGGGGUGGAAGGACAAGUAUCCUAGUCGACCCAACGGACCCUCCUCUCAUCGUCUUCAGAAGCCAAAUCAAGCUCCUGAUUGUCAAGAACUGCCCGGCUCCUUCCUUCCUUCGUUGAUCGGACCAAACAAUUGUUUACAAUUGCCUACCCCCACCCUCGUUGUUCGAGCCAAUAGGCCCCUGCUCUCUCCUUGUCUUCAGGAGCUAGCCAAGCGCCUUGUACUCAGGAGCCGACCAGGCCCUCUUUCCUCAUUAUUAGAAGCCAACCAGGUCCUGCUUGUCUUCAAGAACCGAGCUCGGCCAGGCCCUCAUCUCUCCUCAUUCUCAGGAGUCAACCAGGCCCCUCCCGUCUUCAGGAACAGAGCUCGACCAACCCUCCGGUUUCCUUCCCUUGCCCAAGGUCCGACCAAAUGGCCUCCUCUCCUCUUUCCUAGCAUCAGAGCCAACCAAGCUGUUGCCCUUGCCAACCAGCCCCAGCCUAGCCACCAAACACCUGGCCCUCGCCACUUUCCGCCUUGCCCUCGCCAACCAGCCCCAACCUUAUCACCAUUUCUACCUAGUGCAAAAACAGCCAUUAUGCAUCAACAGUUCUUGAACAUGCGAAGAUUUAGUAUGAUACAUCCUGCAUUCAAUGCACGCAAGAAACCAUUGAUACCCACUGAUUCAGCUCUCGCAGGCUUCAUCGAAAUGUUUGAUGAAAAGCAUAAGGAAACAGCAACUGCUCUUGUGGAAAAGGCUGAAAGCUUACUGGCCUACGAGAGACACAUCCUGGCCUCAGAGAGGCAAAUCCAACAGAACUUUCGUGAAAGUAUGGCAAAGGCACAACAGAGCUUGUGUGAACAGUGGGAGAUGACACACAAGCUUUCGAACCAAAUUAUAGAGAUGUCAAGGGAACGGCUGGCUCAAUCAAAUGCUGAAAUACUUAGGUUGACUUCUCAAUUGACCCCUCAGGGUGCAUUUAAGUAUUAUGAGGAGGUCCAUCUGACAGGUAUUAAUGGCCCUGGCAGAUCAAACACACAAAAUUCUCUCAGAAAUGAUUUAUGA